AUGGAGAACGUAAUUUCGCAGCCACACGUUCCAGGUGAUGAAGUGGUGAUUCGCAAGGCUGUAAGCUACCAUCCCACCGUUUGGGGUGAUUACUUUAUCUUACAGGCCCAGAUGCAGGAGUGCGAUGCAAGGAUGCAAGAGAGAGCUGCAGAACUGAUGGAGCAGGUAAGAAGCAUGUUCAAGGACACUACCGACAUCUUGCAAACUAUGGACUUGGUCGAUUCAAUCCAGCUUCUUGGAUUGAGUUAUCACUUCGAGAAAGAAAUAAGUGAAGCAUUAAACCGAGUCCAUGAUGCCGAUUUUAACGAUCAUGGUCUCUACGAUACUGCUCUCCGGUUUCGCCUGCUGAGACAACAAGGGUAUCAUGUGACCCCUGGUAAUAUGCUCUUACGUUUCAUUGGAGUAGAUGUAUUUAAAAUCUUAUGUAUUUCUGUAGUUGUCUUUAACAAGUUCAAAGAUGAGGGAGGGAGUUUCAUGUCUACCUUGGGGAGUGAUGUGAAAGGACUGUUGAGCUUGUACAACGCAGCCUAUCUUGGGACUCAUGGGGAGAUCAUUCUUGAUGAAGCCAUCUCUUUUACGAGGAAUAGCCUAGUGUCUGCAUUAGCUGAUCUUAAACCACCAUUAACAACGCAAGUGUCUCUUGACCUCGAGACACCUCUCUGUAGGAGAAUUAGAAGGCUCUUGGCAAGAGAAUACAUAUCUAUAUACCAAGAGGAUGCCACACGAGAUGAUGCCAUCCUGGAGCUUGCAAAGUUGGACUUCAAUUUGUUGCAAUCUCUUCAUCGCGAGGAGCUUGAGAACAUCACCAAGUGGUGGAAUGAUUUAGUCUCCUCAAAAAAUCUCAGUUUUGCUCGAGAUAGAUUGGUGGAAUGCUAUUUCUGGAUCUUGGGAGUAUACUUUCAACCCUAUUAUUCUCGUGCACGAGUGAUAACGACCAAGGUGACUGCCCUUAUUUCAAUUCUGGACGACAUAUAUGAUGUCUAUAGCACAUUGGAGGAGAGUCACCGACUAACUGAGGCAAUUCAAAGGUGGGAUGCGAAGGUUGUUCAUCAAUUACCAGAGUACAUGAAGGAUUGUUAUCUAAAGCUAAUCCACACCUUUGAAGAGUUUGAAGAUUUAUUGGCUUCCGGUGAGAAAUAUCGCAUAACCUAUCUAAAGGAAGCGAUGAAAGUUUUAUCUGAAGUUUAUUUUGAGGAAUCCAAAUGGAGAGAUCAACAUUACGUACCAACUUUGGAAGAACAUCUACAUGUUUCCCUCAUAAGUUCAGCAUGUCCUAUGCUCGAAUGUGCCUCUUUCGUUGGAAUGGGAGAAAUAGCAACUGAGGAGGUAUUUAAGUGGAUUACUAGUUUCCCAAAGAUUGUCCAAGCUUCUGCAAUAAUUGGUCGUAUCAUGAAUGACAUUACUUCACAUGAGUUGGAACAAACUAGGGAACAUGUUGCCUCCACAGUCCAAUGCUACAUGAAAGAAUAUGGAACAGAUGUGCAUGUGGCAUGUAAGAAGCUCCAAGUUCUAGUUGAUGAUGCAUGGAAGGAUAUAAAUGAAGAGUGCCUCAAUCAAACUGCAUUCCCCGUUGCUUUACUUCAAAGGAUUGUUAAUUUUUCACGAAUGGCGGAAAAUAUAUAUAAGUACAUCGAUGGAUACACCAACUCCUCUACGAAGACAAAGGAAUAUAUCUCUUUGUUACUUGUACAUCCUGUUCCACUUUGAUUGUAUGACGAUGCUUGCUUCUUCUAUGAAUCCUUUAUUCUGAAAUAUAUGUAAGCCUUUGUAAAUGAACGUGUAUU